AUAUUUAGAUAAUAUAUCUCCAAUGCUUUUUAGAUAAAAGGAAAAAGUUCCUAAAAAAGGAAAGGAUAGCUUUGGUGAGUUCAUGAAAAGAGAAAAAGAUUCUUGUUUACAAACUUAAAUGAAACUCUCAACAUUUAUCCAUAAAACUGUUCCAAAUGAUUAAGUCAAAUCUUAAUUAAGGUAUAUCAACCAUCAUUCCUAAGUUCUGCUCCAUACGCCUUAGAUGGUUCAUUGAUCAGGUUUGGUAAUACAUGGGAUGCCAAACAUUUAGGAACAUUUCUUUAAAAAAGUUAAUAUGCUUCUACUAGUGGAAGCUCUCUUCUAAUUACUGAACCAGUAGUAGUCUAAAAUACCACCAAAAACUAAAGUUUUUUUUUCAGAAAUUAAUAACCUAGAAAUUCAGAUGAUCAUGUGGAUUAUUUACAUUAACAUACAAUCAAUCAUUUAAUAAGUGAUCAUCCAACUCUAAAAAACGGACCCUAAUUUUUACAAAAGAAACUCCUCUCUGUACCUGAUAAAACAUUUGAUGAAUCUAAACUAAAUUAUGAAACAGAGACAAAAUUGAAAAAACCAAAAGAAUAGUUUUAAGACUUGCUAAUUGCUAAAGAAAAUCAAAGGAAAUUUCAUUAAUGGAGAUCAGAAUAUCAAGAUGUCAAUCGAGCAUUCAAAAAGGCUAAACAAUGUUUUAAAAGUGGAUUGUAUGCUUUAGAUAAUCCAUUAAAUGAUAAUACUGAGCUCUAUAAGGAAGAAAAUGUUAAAUUAAGAGGAUAAGAAAAGUAGAGUCUCAGGAAAAAAUUGGAGAGAUAUAAAUGUACACAUCAAUUCGAUAUCAUUCUUAGCACUUGAAAAAUUUACUUCAAGCAAUCCCUCCAUAGAAUUUUAGAAUAUAGCUCAUAAACCAUUAAGUUCUAAAUAGUCAGACCCUUUAUUUACAAAAGUUAGUUUCCCUUCUCAAAACUUUGAGUUGCAUGAUAAGUGGAAAAAGAAAAAAAUGAUAGACUAAAAUAUUGAUACUAAAAGUAGAUUAUUUGGAGAAAAUUCUAAAAAUAAGGCUAAUCCUCACAGAACUGUCUUUUCGAGAGAGUAAGAUUUUAGAGACAAAACCUAAAAUCCUGUACACCUAACAUAAAGUUUAAUUGGUUGA